GAGGGCUCUUGGUGCAGCAGCAGCAGAAGCAGCAGGAGAGUCCUAUUUGGCUCUGGAGGGGCGUGGGGUGGGUUACCUCGCUCUUGAAGGCGGAGCAGCAGCAGCAGGGAUGCACAGGGGGCAGCUAGUGCAUGUAGGGGCCGGACAGCUAGCAACAACGGGAGGAGGCUUGGCCGUAGGUAUGCCGGGAGGUCUGUCCCCCGAAGCUAUGACAGCUGUGGCUCGGCAGUCCGCCAUGGCUGGCACUCUGGUUCGGCUGCAGCGCCGAGGCAGGCUGAUAGCCGCGGCAAGGCAGAGGCAGCUGCAGCGGAAGCUGCUGCUGGAGCAGGGCGGGGGAGGGGGGGAGGCAGGGGAAGGCGCAACUGGGGCGGGCGGGGCCAAGGAGGGGCGGCUGGCGCUGCUAAGGCGAACUGCUGGGGGCCUUGUUGCUGCUGGUGGUGGUGCUGGUGGGAAGGGAGCGAACGGAGAGAGGCAGUUGCUUGCAGGGGAUGUGCUUAUAGAGGAUAUGGAGGACAUGGAGUUGGAGCUGAUGCUGAUGGGGGAGGAGGGGUGGGAGGACGGGGAGGACGAAUAUGUGCCCUUAGACGAGCUGGGGGCGCUGGCUAUUGAGCAGAUAGAGAGGAUGGCUCUGGAGGGGCUCAGAGUGCAGAACGACGCGACUGAUCUGCUGGCUCCGUAUGCCAUAGAGCUGGGGAAGGAUGGCGCUCGGGGAGGGGACGAGUGGGCGAUGGAGGCAGCAGGGGGGGGUGCGAUGGGGCUGGCGGUGUCUGUGGACGAGUGGCAGCGGCUGGACGCGGGGAUAUUUGAAGACUUCGAGACGGAGGAUGAUACUCUCGCGGUGCUACAGGCGCACUGCGCUGCGCAUGGCGCUGGGGAGAUGGUGCUGCAUGAUAUUGCCCAGAUGAGGUUGGACUUGGCCGCCGUGAGGGGAGGAGGGAUGAUGGGCAUGAUGGGUGGUGGGGGGAUGGGGAUGAUGGGCAUGGGAGGAGGGAUGGGGGGAGCGCUGGGUGGAGCAGGAGGAGGGGUUGAAGGCGGGUUGAUGGGGGAUAAGGUGACGGUGGCGAUGCUGGUGCAGCUGAGAGACCCUCUGAGGAACUUUGAGCCAGUGGGUGCCCCCAUGAUGGCUCUGCUGCAGGCAGAGCGAGCCCCCCCUGCUGCUGCUAAUGCUGAGGGUAACAGCAAUGGUAAUGGUGUAGCGGCAUUGGAGGGGGGCGGAGGAGCAGGAGGCGCCAAGGCCUUGCCAGGGCCUGGAGGUGUGAGAAGAAUUGCAUAUAAUCUGCACACUGGUACUGCUGUGCGGCCGGCAGGAGGGCCUCUGGCAGAGCGGAACGGAGCGGGCCAUCGGCCGAGAGAAGGGGAUGUGAUUGUGGAAGAGGUGGAUGAUGAGGAGCAGCCAGGCGCAAAGGGGAAAGGUGGAGUGGAAAAGCCGCGGUUCAAACUGACAGGGGUGCAUAUGAUGGGGCUGAAAUCUGAAGAGGCUGCUAAGAGAGGGUGGGGGAACCAGAAACAGGGGCAGGCAGGGUCCAGGUGGCUUGCAGCUAAUGGCAUGGGGAAGAAGGGUGCAGCUAAGCCGAAGGGACCGAGCAGGCCUGCCAAGGUGACUGUACAGUCAGGUGACACUCUGUGGAGCUUGUCGCAGAAGGUGCAUGGCAGCGGCACAAAGUGGAAGGAUGUGGUGAAGCUGAACCCACACAUUCGGAAUCCCGACCUCAUUCUCCCCAACCAACACGUCCGCAUGCGCUGAUACCAAUCAGCUGUUUUGAGGCCAAGGUUGCCAUCAACACCUGCAGAGACAUCAUGGGAAGCUGCAUCUUCUUUUGACAUGGCAGUAACUAUGCCAUGCUUGGCAAAACAAAAAGCUGCCAGAGGGGACAGUUGAUUACUUGACUGCUGCUCACCCCUGUACACUCAUCACCGAUACUGAUGACACGUCUAGCAUGCAUGUACUGUAAUUUUCCAGUAGUCUUGGUUCUAGUUCAUAGGCUGUGCAGCCUAUGAUUCAUAGUAGUGACAUUAUAUGGUUUGAUUUUAGAA